GCUUGAGGCAGCGAUAAAGCAGGAUCUACUCUUUUCAAAUACACUCACAAUCUUUUUUGUACACCUACCUUCCACGUUAACUGUAACAAUGGUACUGGAGGAGUCUGAGUACACUGUCUUUGAGCUUGAGAUCACUGAGGAUGAUGUGGAGACACCAUUUGGUAAAGUGCACUGCACCAUGAAGGGUGUUGCAAAAGGCAACCGCCCUACCAUCCUGACUUUCCAUGACAUCGGGCUGAACCAUAAGACCUGUUUUGAGUCACUCUUUAAUCACAAAGACAUGUAUGAGAUCAUGCAACACUUUGCUGUGUGCCAUGUUGACGCCCCAGGACAGCAGGAGGGUGCCAGCACUCUCUCCACAGAAUUUACCUACCCUUCGAUGGAACAGCUCUCAGAGACCCUCCCAAUGGUCCUCAAACAUUUUGGUCUGAAGAGUGUGAUUGGAAUGGCCGUUGGUGCUGGAGCCAACAUCCUUGCCCGCUUUGCAUUAAACCACUCAGACUUGGUUGAAGGUCUUGUUCUGAUCAAUAUGAGUGCACAGGCAGAGGGAUUCAUAGACUGGGCAGCACAAAAGAUUACAAGCUGGACUCAUGCUGUCCCUGAUACAGUCAUUUCACACCUGUUUGGAAAGCAGGAGAUACAGAACAAUCGUGACUUGAUCGCAACCUACCGCCAUCUCAUCACAAACAACAUUAACCAGUCCAACCUGCAACAGUUCAUGAAGUCCUACAAAAGCCGACGAGAUCUUGAGAUCGAGAGACCCGUACAAGGAGGAAGCAUUAAUGUUCGAACCCUCAGGUGCCCAGCCUUGCUUAUAGUGGGUGACAGCUCUCCAGCUGUGGAUUCUGUGGUUGACAGCAAUUCCCGAAUGAAUCCAACAACCACCACCCUUCUCAAGAUGGCUGACUGUGGCGGCCUUCCACAGGUUGAUCAGCCUGGCAAACUGAUUGAAGCCUUCAAGUAUUUCAUCCAGGGCAUGGGCUACAUGCCCUCUGCCAGUAUGACCCGUCUGGCUCGAUCUCGUACAGCCAGUAACUCGUCUCUGGACCGUAACCGCAGCCGCAGUGGCACAGCAGAGGAGCAGCGUGGACGCUCCCACACAGAUGUCUCCAUGGAGAGCACAUCCAACAGUGGUGAGCACAGUUCCUCAGGUCCCUCACUUUCCAUUGAGCUGUCCUGCUAAACGCCUUGUGCAAAUUUCAGAAUGGAACUCAUAAGGCGUUUUAAAAUUGGACAUGAAACUGUAGCAUUUGAACCAUCUGAACGCUGGUGCUCCUGUAAUUCUAUAAUGUUUUAAAAAAACACUGCCUGCAGUGUCUCAUUAGAAAGAUCAUUGGUAUUCAUCACAAGGGUUAAUAAAGUAGAGAUAGUAGAGGUUCAGACCUGCAGAGUAAACAUGUUACCAAUACCCAAUGGACUAAUCAUUGAGCUAGUUUAAAAUAUCUGAACCAGUGUUUUAAGGUAACAUUUUAUUUCUUACAAUGUGCAAUACUUAGCAAUAAUAAUUGCAUAUGAAAUAUAUAAACAUUUAUAUAUGUGUAUAGAAGGUUCUUUAUGAUGUGUAUAACUUGGCUAUCUGAAUGUAUAUAAGUAUAUAUA